UUGUCCGCCUUUGUUCACACCUGCAGGAUGGUAAACCCUAUUGCCCAGCGAAUGAGCAGCCCAUUGUUGAAUGAACGCAGGCGGCGACCAUCGGGGACCAGGAGACUUAAGACGGAGGUGCCACCCCGUUUGAACAGCGUUGGUUAUCUCUACACUCAGCUUCAUUCUGACAUCGAACCCUGACUCCAUCGUAUCAUACACAUUCCACAGAUUCUCAUCAUGGCCGUAUUCCUCAUCACGGGCACCUCUUCUGGCUUCGGUUCGCAGAUCGCCAAACAGGCCCUGCAGGCCGGCCACAAGGUCAUCGCUACCUCCCGCGAUGCUGGCAAGCUCUCCGAGCUAAAGGACCUCGGCGCGGCCACGCUCAGCCUCGACAUCAACGCCUCUGAGGCCGACAUCCAGAACACUAUCAAGGAGGCUGCCGCAAUCUACGGCACCAUCGACAUCCUCGUCAACAAUGCCGGCUACAUCUGGGAGGGCGCCGUAGAGGAGGCUUCAGCUGCGGAGAUCCAAGCGACUUUCCACACCAACGUCUUCGCGCACGUCGCCGUAACCCAAGCUGUCCUGCCCUACCUGCGCGCCCAGAAGAGUGGCACCAUCGCCUUCAUGGGCAGCAUUGCCGGCUGGGAGGGCGGAGUCGCCUGCGGUCUGUACUGCGGCGUCAAGUUUGCUGUCGCCGGCAUCGCAGAGUCACUCCGCGAGGAAGUCGCGUCGUUCGGCAUCAAAGUCACUGUCGUCGAGCCCGGCUACUUCCGCACCAACUUCCUCGCCUCCGGUUCCAAGUUCCUCGCGAAGAACCCCAUUGCCGACUAUGAGCCUGUCCUUGCGCCGAUCAAGGGCGCAUUCCAGGCCUUCAAUGGCAACCAGCCCGGUGACCCAGUCAAGGGCGCGCAGCUCAUUGUCGAGGCGCUGACUGGCACGGGCAGGGCAGAGGGUCGCGAGUUGCCCCGGAGGCUGUUGAUUGGACCCGAUGCGGUGGGCUUUGUGACUGGCGUCAUUGAGAAGGAGACAAAGAGCGUCGAGGCGUGGAAGGACCUCUCGGUCACUACCAACCUCGAUCAAUCGGCUUAGGUGUGAAGUGUCGGGAAGGUUCCAUAGAUGCAGCAACUUCUUAGAAAAGUUACUAUGUGAAUAGAACACAAUAAUGAUAUCC